AUUUAAACAAUACCACAUUUAAUAAAACAUUUCAUGGUUCAAAACAUGCAUUAAAUAUAAAAUAGAAUUAAAUUAAUAUUUAAAUAGAGUUACAAUUUGAACGUGCGGUUGUUAUUUAUUUGCAUAAAUAAAAACAAAUUUUUCACUUACUUUUACUAUUAUCGAAACAGUUUUCUUUUUCAUAACAUCAAAGCAAUCUCUUUCCAAACGGAUACGUUAAAUAAAUUAUACUUUUGAUUAUUUUAGAAUUAUUUAAACAAUUUGGAACGUGUUCGAAGUAUACUAUUUCAUAUCAUAAUAUUAACUUUAUAUUAUAAUGUUGAAUUUUUCUGUUUAAAAACAUUAUAGCAAUCGUGCACAAACCAAUGAUGUAAUCGAGUGUUUGCAUUGUUAAAACUAAAAAUCGCGAAGUAGAAGCAGUGUUCAAUCACUUACGUUUUGCAUUUUAAACAAUAAGUUAACUUGCAUUGAUUGCAUACAAUGCAAUCGUUAGAGACAAUAUUUGUUUAUAAAGUUUUCGCUUGUUGAACAGUAGCACAGAUUGUAUUCGUCAAUGAUAAUAGAAUAUCGUGAAGUAAAUUCAGUGAGCAUCCGUUAAAAUAUAACUAUCGCGUAUUAGAGACAGUGCGUCACUGAAGAAGAUAUCAAACAACAUCGAUGUCAACCUGUCUCAUUUUCAACCGCUUACGAAUUAUCCAGUCUUAAUUUCGAUCUAAAUCGUGGACAAGUGUUUUGAAGAUUCGCAGAACUUCUAAAGUAAGAUCCUAACGAUGUCCGGAAACGUACGAACCGGUGAACAGAAAUCGUCAUCAAUGGAUCGUGGAUAAACGUCAUGGCGAAUCAAACGGCUGAUUACCAUGGGGACGUUUAUCAAUGGAAUCGAACAGUACCGACGGAUGAACGCGAUACGCAAACGGAAUAUUAUCUAGCCAAUUGGACAGAUCUCGUGCUGGCUGUUCUGUUCUGCAUGCUGAUCGUCGUCACUAUAGUCGGCAACACACUGGUGAUAGCAGCGGUAAUUACGACGAGACGACUAAGGUCCGUUACUAAUUGUUUCGUAUCCAGUCUGGCCGCCGCGGAUUUAUUGGUUGGUUUGGCUGUAAUGCCACCGGCUGUACUGCUACAGUUGAACGGCGGAAGCUGGGAAUUGGGUGAAAUCUUGUGCGACUCUUGGGUGUCCUUGGACAUUCUUCUCUGCACAGCUAGUAUUCUAUCGUUGUGUGCAAUAUCUAUAGACAGGUACCUCGCGGUGACUCAACCAUUAAUCUACAGCCGAAGACGGAGAAGUAAGAGAUUGGCUGGUUUAAUGAUAGUAGCUGUCUGGAUACUAGCAGGUGCGAUUACGAGCCCACCUCUUCUUGGCUGUUUCCCACGGGCAACUAAUCGCGAUAGCAAAAAGUGUUCCUACAACAUGGACUCCUCUUACGUCAUAUUCUCCGCCUGCGGGUCUUUCUUCUUACCAAUGUUAGUCAUGCUUUAUGUAUACGGAAGGAUUUCCUGCGUUAUAGCUAGUCGACACAGAAAUUUGGAGACCAGUGACUCUGAAAAAACUCGUCGACAAACUCGAAAUGCACCGAUCGAACGUACAAAGAGCAUGAAGAUUCGUCGUUUGGAGUGUACGGUGGAUAGUGAUACUUGCGAAAGGACGUCGAACGAGGGUGAAACUACAAGCAGUUGCAAGAAAGUGGGUAUAAUUCGAGGUCAUCAGCAGAGCUGCAUCAACAGGGUAGCAAAGGAAACGAAAACCGCUGGCACAUUGGCAGUAGUAGUGGGCGGUUUCGUGGCUUGUUGGUUACCAUUCUUCAUUCUCUAUCUUGCCACUCCGUUCGUCCCGAUGGAACCACCGAAUAUUCUGAUGCCGGCACUAACGUGGCUAGGUUGGAUAAAUUCAGCGAUAAAUCCAUUCAUCUACGCAUUUUACUCGGCCGACUUCAGGUUAGCAUUUUGGCGAUUAACGUGUCGGAAGUGCUUCAAAAGUCAAACGGCCUUGAAUCAUACCGAACGGAAAGUACCAACCCCUGCGACGUGGAGGAAGAAUGCAUCGAGAACGUGAAGAUCAAUCUUAUUUAUAUCAAAAAUGAUUAAAUAGAUACUGCAGAAAGUAGUACGAAUAAGGCGAUUUUCAGUUGUGGAUUAUGGAAAUAAAAGGAAUAAUAAAAAAUGGAAGAAACGAGUUUCGUUUCGGAAUACGCUGCCGAAGAAGAAAUCUAACCGCCUAACGAUGUUUCCUGUAUAGGAAAAGUCCCUGCAUGGCUUGGAUAUUCUGAUAACGAGUGAACGAGUGAACUGAAAAAGGUGGAUGGAUGGAUAGUUAGAUAAAUAGAUAGAUAGAUAAGUAGAUAGAUAGAUAGAAAAAGAGAGAAAAAAAGAAAGAAAGAAAGAGAGAGAGAGAGAGAAAUUUUCCUUUGCUUCAGCGCAUCUUGCGUUCGUUAACGUAUCUUUUCGUAACGAUCACGCAAUUUUCUUCUUUAUAUUUUUAACAAACGCUCGCGUGACAUUUAUGGUUCGUGGAUCAAAUGUAACUGUACAUAUACAAUAUAUAUAUAUAUAUAUAUACAAUACCAUACAUAUAGGUUUACGGUACUAUAGCUUCUUACGUUUCACAAUGAGAAAAGUUCUAUUUACUUUCUUCAAAGAUCGUUGUAAUUGAUCGGUUGAACUCUGAGUUUGAGCCAGUGCCACUUGUCUUUCUCUCUCUCUUUCUCUUUCUCACUUUCUCUCUUUCUCUCUUUCUCUUUCUCUCUUUCUCUCUUUGUCUCUCUCCUUUUCUCUCUCUAAUUCAGGAAUGGAUUAGAGCUCAGAUUAGCUACGGUUUAACUCUACGUUAGUAUCGGUUUGACCCUCGGUUGUUUCUGAAUUAGAGACGCGUUAGGUCCUCCUGUGAAGACUUCCAAAUUAACCACUCUAGAGAGAAAGAGAAAGAGAGAGAGAGAGAGAUAGAGAUAGAGAUAGAGAUAGAGAUAGAGAUAGAGAUAGAGAGAUAGAGGACUCGAGGGGCUAGUAGUUUCCAACUCGUCGACCUACGAAAAUCGAAUCCGGUUCGAGAGUAAUGUCAAAGCUUUCGACGAUAUAUCAAGGAACUCUUUAUCUCUUUCAUCGAGGAACGUCGAUAAGAAAUAGGAUGAAAUUUUAUGGAAAAACUUAACAUGCGAUUUUUCAAAAACAUUUUCUCGCGAGCAUAAAUUUUGAUAAAUUAGCUCGUGAAUUUUAUCUUUCGAUAACACAGUUGUGAGUUCGAUUGGUAUUGAGUUUACGAUAAUAGAACGUUCCUCUAUGCUAGAUUAUAAUCUUCGUGAAUAGUGUCGAGAGAUUUGCCUAAAAUCAACAUUGCAUGGAGAAUGUAUCAAAAUACAUACAUAUGUAUGAAUCUACGAAAAUUCAGUUUCAAUUCAAAAUAAUCAAUGCAUAAGGAACAACAAAUAAUCUCAA